CACUAGGCCCCGAGCGGGAGGCCCGCGGCACCGUUGCUAUGGCAGUACGCCGUCUGGAGCUCCCGGGACUAGCGGGCUAGGUAGGGUCUGGGUCCUGGUGCCUGGCUGAGACUGCGCGGGGCUAGGCCAGCGGGACUACAGAAUGGGCUGAGGCGGCGGCUACCCGGACGAGGUCGACUAAGGGCGAGGGGCGCGGCACUGGUCCGGGACCCUAAGACGUCUGGUUUGAGGAGCAGGCGAAACCGAGGUUUUCUUGGGUCCUGGGGCCUGAUCUGUUGGCGACUACAACUUUGCGGGAACCUCAUAGUCGACGGGGGCAUGACAGGACGUGUGGGGACCCCACCCAUGAUGAAUAGGUGACUUGUGGUGAGGGAAUCUUAAAUCUUGGUGGCAAUGGUCGAGACAGCGGGAAGCGCCCCAAGUUCUGGUGAGGGCUGAAGGCCCACAAGGGCACCUUACUGCCGAACUGGCAGAGUGCCCAAAGGGUCUGUGGAAAAGACUCCUGGUUUUUCUGUUUCCAUGUUUUAAAGUAUGGGUUUAUGGUGGAAAUGCAUUAUCCAGCUUCAAUAAAUAAAGGUAUAAAUGUUUAAUCUUUUUUUCCUUUCUUUCUCUGAAGAAGCAGCUGGGCUUGAAAAUGGAGAUGUAUGAAACCCUUGGAAAAGUGGGAGAGGGAAGUUAUGGAACAGUCAUGAAGUGUAAACAUAAGGAUACUGGGCAGAUAGUGGCCAUUAAGAUAUUUUAUGAGAAACCAGAGAAGUCAGUCAACAAAAUUGCAGCGAGAGAAAUAAAGUUUCUAAAGCAAUUUCAUCAUGAAAACCUGGUCAAUCUGAUUGAAGUUUUUAGACAGAAAAGGAAAAUUCAUUUGGUGUUUGAAUUUAUUGACCACACAGUAUUAGAUGAGUUACAACAUUACUGUCAUGGAUUAGAGAGUAAGCGACUUAGAAAAUACCUCUUCCAGAUCCUUCGAGCAAUUGAAUAUCUUCACAAUAACAAUAUCAUUCAUCGAGAUAUAAAACCUGAGAAUAUUUUAGUAUCCCAGUCAGGAAUUACUAAACUCUGUGAUUUUGGUUUUGCACGAACUCUAGCAGCUCCUGGAGACGUUUAUACGGACUAUGUGGCCACACGCUGGUAUAGAGCUCCAGAAUUAGUAUUAAAAGACACCUCUUAUGGAAAACCUGUGGAUAUCUGGGCUUUGGGCUGUAUGAUCAUUGAGAUGGCCACUGGAAAUCCCUAUCUUCCUAGCAGCUCUGAUUUGGAUUUACUUCAUAAAAUUGUUUUAAAAGUAGGCAAUUUGACACCUCACUUGCAGAGUAUCUUUUCCAAGAGUCCCAUUUUUACUGGGGUAGUCCUUCCUCAAGUCCAACACCCCAAAAGUCCAAGAAAAAAAUACCCAAAGCUAAAUGGAUUGUUGGCAGAUAUAGUUCACGCUUGUUUACAAAUUGAUCCUGCUGAGAGGAUAUCAUCUACUGAUCUUUUGCAUCAUGAGUAUUUUACUAGAGAUGGAUUUAUUGAAAAAUUCAUACCAGAACUGAGAGCUAAAAUACUACAAGAAGCAAAAGUUAAUUCAUUCAUAAAGCCAAAAGAGAAUUUUAAAGAAAAUGGAUUUAAGAAAGAUGAAAGAAAAAUAAUUUAUACCGAUACACUGUUAAGCACUUCAGUUUGGGGAAAGGAAAUGGAAAAAGAGAAAAAGCCCAAGGAUAUCAAAGUCAGAGUUAUUAAAGUCAAAGGAGGAAAAGGAGCUAUCUUAGAACCAAAAAAGACACAGUGUGAAGGUAGACACUGUCAACAGGAUGCAGCUGAAAUUGCUCAUACCAGACUUGUAAUCAGCGAACCCCCAAACCCUGUCAAUCCCAGCACUAACUCUUUGGGCAUAAAAGAUGAUCCACAUGCUGGAGGUAGUAUGAUGAUGCCACCCAUUAAUCUAACUAGCAGUAAUUUGAUGGCUUCAAAUCCCAGUUCAAAUCUCUCCCACUCCAAUUCAAGGUUAACUGAAAGAGCAAAUAAGAGACAUACUUCACACUUUAUUGGACAAGUUAUGUCUAAUAGCAGGCAUGAGGAUACAGGUCCCACUCAAAACCAGGUGGAGAAGGGUGUGUUUAAUGAGCGAACAGGUCAAAGUGACCAAAUGGCAAAUGGAAACAAAAGGAAGCUGAAUUUUUCCAGAUCUGACAGGAAAGAAUUCCAUUUCCCAGAAUUGCCUUUCACAAUACAGUCAAAGGAGAUGAAAGGAAUGGAAGGGUGGAGAUGGCCAUUGUAAGGGGAAGAAUUUGAAGAGGAACAGAUUUUUUUUCUGGUAGGGUCUUUUCUUUUAAAUCUUAAAAAUACAAAUUGGCAAGUCUUCCCUUUAAUUUUACAUGCAGUGGAAAUGUAACGUGAGCUGUUAAGACAGCAAUUCCUCUGCAUUAGCAUCGUCCAACUUUGUUUUGUUAGUAAACCACUGUUUUUUUCUUUCUUUCUUUCUUCUAAGAAUUCUGUUGAUGUGAUGCUUUGAUUUGGAUUUAUAAAGUCGUCUCCUUUCUGCCUGCUUCUUUACUUGCCAUGAUUACUGAGUAGGUGAUACAUCCUGUCAUAUGACCCACACUGUAUAUAUACUGAUUUCUGCCCUCUGCUAGUCACAUAAUGUAAGUGUCAGUUAUUUCCUAAAAUGCUCAGGCUUCCUGAAGUGAAUUCUUAAUGAAAUAUCUGACCAUUAAAAAAAUAUAUUCAUUACCAUUACAUGAUUAUAAAUAUGUUCUGUUAAUCGGCUAUAAAAGCAUUUAUAAUAUUUAUAAAGUAUCUGAAAAUUAUAUGGUAUUUAACUGUUACAUUUUUGUAUACUUUUAAACAACUAUCAGCACGCUUCCGGUUUCCUAGUUCCAGCUGAUAGUGCCUUUUAUGUGGUACAGACUUUUUCUAUUUAAGUACAAUCCAGAAGAGGUAUACAACUAAAAUUCUUGAUUGUUGUAUUUUUUAAAAAACAAUAAAGUGAGGUUAUCUGGUAUUUUACCAGGAGUCUGCCUGAUUUCCUAUUUACUAAAUAGACAUGAAAAACAAAGGAAAACAUAAUUUCUUUAUUACAAUAUUGUGAUUUCUUUUCAAUUCAUUAAACGGUUGAUAAGAAUAAACAGCUGAGAUUAUUAUAUAUAAUAUACCUUUCUAACAGACUCCCUGUUAGCUUUAGUAACUAAUCUCCUCCAGGGAGAUUAAGAGUUGUCCCUGUGGUAGGUUUACUAAAUAGAAGUUUGCCCAUUGCCUGUUGCAUUUAUAUAUUUGUUAAUCCUUAUAUCAAAAUAUUGUGCUUUUUUUCCAAUUUCUACAAAAAUGCGUGCUGAGAUUUUGAUUGGGAUAGUGUUAAAUCUAUACAUCAAUUUGACUAAAAUGGAUAUCUUAGAAAUAUUGAAUCUUCCAAUCUACAAGCAUGGUGUAAACUCUCCAUUUAUUUAGAUCUUCAAAUUUUUUCCUGUAAUAUUUUGGAGUAGUCUUAUACAUAAUUCAUUAAAUUUAUUCAUAUGUUUUUUGUUUUUUAUGCUAUUAUGAAUGGUAUUUUUAAUAUCACCUUUUGGUUGAUUGUUGCUAGUAUUACAGAGAUACAGUUUGUUUUUCUAUAUUGAUCUUGUAUUCUGAGACCUUGCUAAAUUAAAUUCACUUAUUCUCAUAGGUUUCCUUCAUUCCUUUGUUCCUUCCUUCUUUUUCAGUUAUAGCAUCUGCAGAUAAGGAUAGUUUUACUUUUUCCUUUCUAGUGUUUAUGCCCUUUAUUCCUUUUUCUUUCCUUAUGGUACUGACUGUGAUGUGUGAUAAUGCUGACCAGGAGUAGUGGGAGUGGACAUUUUUGCCUUUUUACCUGUACCAGACAGAAAACAUACAGCCUUUUCUUAUUAAGUGUGAUGUUAAUUGUAGGUUUUAUGUAGAUGAUUUUUAUUAGCUUGAGGAAGUUUCCUUUUUUUUCUGUUUGCUGAGUUGUCCUUACCAUGUGUUAAAUUUUGCUAAAUGCUUUUCCUGUAUCUACUGAGAUGUUCUUAUGAUUUUCCUCCUUUAUUCCUUUAAUAUGAAUUACAUUAAUUAAUAUUUUCAUGA